UUGCAGAGAGCAAGAAACGAUUCUCGCUCCAUCGAUAUCCGUUGAUGACGUUUAAUUCAACGUUUCUUCUAGAUUUAUUGUAUGAUUUUGCAGUAGAAUAAACGAAUCCGAGAGAAGAUUUCAAUCAACUAAUCUGCAGAUUCAACUCAGAUUCAUCAACAAGCUAAUUAUACAGAAACUCAGUUGAAUGAGAAACUGUUCAAUGGCGAUAUUCGUAAGGGAUUUGUGGUUCAAUUGAUUGAUUACAUGUGUCAUACUAUUCAGAAUCGGAAGAGAACAUAAAACGAUAUGUUUGCAUCAUAUAUGAUCCAACAAGGUCUAAUCAAGGUGUUCUAGCUCUCAAGACUAUGAAGCUCACAGAUUCUUUCAUGGAACUUUAUCGCAAUAACAAUUUUACUGGAGAGAAGUUGAGGGAGAAAAAUCUUUCAUGGGUCGAUAUCUUUGAAGAAAUUCAUAUUAAAGUUUCAAAUUCUGCCAUUAUUAGUGCCUUCAUGACAGAACGUGAAGCUGACACACCUGUAACCCAGUGUGACUAUGACCGCCUGCAAUUAUCAACCAAACCACAAAUGGAAAGAAAUGUUGACUAAAGACAUGGUUGUGUACAGGAGUGCUCUCUCUUGGUAUCAUUCAAUCUCAAUACUAGUGAUGUAGAGAGGUUUUCUUUAUGUAGUAGUGCUAGAUAUUUUCUUCUGUAUCAGUAGUAGAGUUGACCCAAUAAAUAUAUUAGUUGUAUCUUUACGUACAUAGUUUCAGAAGGAAAUUCAUUGUUGGAUAUUCUCCCAUCUUUGACUCAUAAGAGUUGUGUCCACUAUGUACUUCACUUCCGUCACUGUUUUUACUUCUUAGAUUUUGCGAAAUUUCUGUUUUUGUACAGAUUAAUA